GACCACAAUUUUUACGACAGCCAAUUUUGACUUUGUGGCUGGAAGAAGUUCCACGCGCGUUUGAUGUAAACUGGCGCCAUGCAUGGCUCACGCCACACAAAUUUAUGGUGACGAACAAAGUAAAGGUCUCCUUUAAUAUUAUCCAUAGAUUCUACCCGUGUAAUAGCUUGAUUUCUAAAUGUAUACCUGAUGUUAAGCAGUGAAUGCAGUUUUUGUUAACUAGAAACUAAAUCUAUUGAACACUUAUUAUUUUGUAGUUGUUUGCAUAGUGAGGUGUUCUGCACUGAUUUUAAGCUAUAUCUUGGCAACAAAAUGCAUACAACCAUUGAAAUAUGCAAGUUUGACAUUAUUGUACGACACUGAUUCUACAAUUGAACGUCAGUAUGUCAUUAAUCUCUUAAUUUUAUUAGGAACAUUUUUCAUACACAAAUCAAAAUGUAUUAAGAAACGGGCCCUUUAAAAAUAUGUUUUACUGAUUUGGAAUAUUAUUUAGAAUCAUUAAAAUGUAUGCAAAACAAAAUGUCUCAAACUGUAUUUGCUACCUGUCUGGAUUUGAUAUGUGGAUUUUUAUUAAUUUUUUAUUUGUAAUUUCUUCUUUAUGUAAUCCCUCUGUCUGUUCUGUAUUUUGUAUGUUACAGUUUAAUAAUAAUACAACAAAGUUCCACACGCGCAUUCUAUUGACGUAACACGAUCAGUUUGCCCCUAGCGUCACCGAUUGAGCGAGCUCAAGUUCUGUUCCUGGUUAGAAUGGUCAAACGAUUGUAAAUGCCUGAAACGUGUUCACUGGAUAUUCCGGUGUGGCAAGGAAUGAGAGAGGCUAAAGAAGUUGUGAAAUACGGUGUCUUCUGUGAUAGAGCUACUGCGACCAAACUACAAAUACAUCGGCUCUUCCCCCUCUCACAUCAGCUCAGCUCCCUUCCUUUCCCCCUUUUCCAUUCCCAUCAUGGCUACCUCCAUGGAUCAGUCCACUGUUCUAGAAGACGAGCUCACCUGUCCCGUGUGCUUGGACCUGUUCCGGGACCCCCACCUGCUGCCCUGCGGCCACAACUUCUGCCUCCUCUGCGUCCGCCGUCUCAAACGCCAGGCAGAGCGAGGUCGCUUCCGUUGCCCCGAGUGUCGCGAGAGCCACCGCUGCUCCGCAACCUCGCAGAAGAACUUCAAACUGGCCAACAUCGCCGACGACUACCGCUUCCGGGGACAGGCAGCGUCGUCAAGACAACAACCAGACGCUGGCCGCCCGGCAACAGCCAAGACCCCUGUGUCUGUGCCCUGUGACUACUGCCCUCCAGGGGACACUAGCGAGGCGGGGAAAGGGGAACCUGGAGCUCCCGGGGCUGGGGCUGGAGGAGCGGUGGUGUUAGCGGUGAAGACGUGUCUGAAAUGCGAGGUGUCCAUGUGUCAGGAGCAUGUGAAGCCCCACCUGGAGCUGCCUGCGUUUAGGGAGCACCCCCUGACCGAGCCCCUGGGAGACCUGAGGAAGAGGAAGUGUCCUGAACAUGAUGAGAUGUACCGCUACUACUGCAUGGACGACAGGGUGUGUGUCUGCAACGCCUGUACCAUAGAGGGGGGCCACGCUGGACACACCAUCAAGACCCUGAAGAACACCAUGAAGGGUCUGAAGGGCAUUCUGGAGACCCAGCUACAGAAGGUGGACAGGAAGUUGAGCAAAGCAGAAAAAACUCUCCAGGAGCAGAAAGUGGAGGAACGAAUUAACAAGAAGUUCCUGGAGGAAUCGGACCAGCGGAUCACUGCAGUGGGGGAGGUGUUACAGGUCCACCUGCAGGGCUUCCUCACUGCCUUAAGGGACUCUACCCGCUCUCAAGGGGGCGAGUGUGGCCCCAACAUCCAGCGGAACAUAGUCAAGGUGGCCCAGGACCACGCUCGUCUGCAAGAUGUCCACAGCAGCAUCCAGAACCUCGCCCAGGAGAACGACCCCUUCCGCUUCCUAGAGGCGUACAAGUCAUCAAGCAAAAAUUUCUGCAGGCAGUUGAAGAAGCCCCUCUUCUACCCAGAGUAUGUUGGUGUGGACACUGAAGGCCUGGCCGAGGCCCUGGAGGUUAAGCAGGAGGACUUCCUCACUAAUAUACGCUCCUGCGUCUCUCAACUCAUCGACGAUAUCUGUCCUUCAGUCAGGGAGGAGGAGGACACCGGAGGAGAGGAGGAGGAGGAAGAGGAGGAUGAUGAUGACGAGGAUGGCAGUGAUGGAGAUGAACAAGAGGAAGCUGAGGAGGAGAUGAGGAGCGAGGAAGAGGAGGGUAUACACGACCAGAACGAGUCAGCAGACGAACUCCACAGUUCGGAAGGUGAAGAGGAGAUUCAUUCCAACUGAGGAAAUGACUAUGGGGUGAAUCCUCAAAUCCAUUCUUCCAUUUAAGUCAAACUUUCUCUCAAAUAGUCAAGCAUUGAUGUCAGUGGGAGGCUAUGUAAAAGUUUAACUUUGAAUUUAGGAUUUGCCAAACCAUUUUGGGAAACCUUUCAAAUAUCAUACAUUCUACAUCUAUACAUCAAUGUUUAGAAGGGGAGAUGUUUAUGUGUGCGUCCCAAGUAGCACCCUAUUUCCUAUUUAGGCCUUGGCUAUUCAACUAUAUUCUUAUGAGGGCCAGAUGUAAAAAAGGUUAAUUGCAGGGGGGCGGACAUUUUCCACAUGUUUAUUCUUCGAAAGAACUGUAUAAAAAAAACAAAGCAUACACACCAAUAAAGUAGCUUUCUUAAAUGUUGCUAAAAUUAAUUGUGUGAGUAGAGGUGCAACCCAAAAAUUUGAUCAUCAUUGAAAAGGAAAAGGCACAAUGUUCGCUCACCAUUUAAAAGCUUCUUAUAAUAUUAUAAUAAUAAUAUGCCAUUUAGCAGACGCUUUUAUCCAAAGCGACUUAGUCAUG